AUGAAAGUUGAUGUUAGUGAAAUAUUUCGAAACUACGACGAGAAGAAAGCCGUAGAACAUAUCGAGCACCUGGGACAUGACAUCAGAAGUAAGGAAGAGUCCAUAAAAACAUUUUUGAAAGAAAAAAGCAGCCAUGUGAUAGAUAAUACAAUAAAAAUUAAAAGUGUGUAUGCAAGUGUGGACAAAAUAAAAUGCCUUUUGGAAGACAUCGUUUGCUCUUACAAUGAUUUAAUCGGUGGCGUUAGAAAUACAGCAUCGAUGAAUUUUGGAGACGCAUCAGUGCACACACAAAAACUGGGCGAAUCGGAAAAGGACAUCAUAAAAGAGGUGUGGAAAAAAAAGUGCGACAGUUAUGAUUUUUUAUUUCAAUGUUGCCAUUUGGGUAAAAGCACAGGAGGAGGGGAAGAUACCCCAUGUGAUAAUGCGUAUGAUAUUGUGAAAACGGAAAAGGAGGAACUAUGCAAUUACGACUGCUUCUACCUUAACAACUACAUAAACCAUGUAUAUAUUGAUGUGAAUAAAAAGAUGAACGAGGAAAACUACUCGUUUGUUCUAAAUAAAAUAUACACAGAUAUAUUUCUCUGCAUCAAGGUCCUCAGUUCUUUACUCAAAAAUGAAAAAAUUAAAAACAUUUACAUUAACAUGUUUAAUAGCAAUAGGUCCAUACUCUACUUAAAUACGUAUGUAAAUAAACACAAGGAAAAUUUCUGUGACAUCCUCCUGAAAUUGAUAUAUGCCUCUUACCACAAUUUGGCCUACAACUACUCAUGUAGAAUGGACAGCAUUGCCCAGUCCAUAAUGAUGUUGUUGCUUUUUUACAAUAAAGAAAAUUGCCAGCGCGUGGACAUUUUAAAAAACGAUUUGUUCAAGGAAAUUCUUAACGCGAGAAUAAAUUUGUUACACAACUUUGUUCGCAGAGGGAGCCACGUAGAGCAGGAUGAGGCUCUCACCCUGCGCAAGGUACAGACAUUAUUUUUACAAGUCACUUAUCUAGUUUUACACACCAAAUAUGUCAUCCUUCUGCUGAUUGAUGUGAGUAAUAAGGGCUUGCGCCAAGCGGUGAAGGACGGUCAGAUUAACCCUCUCGAACAGGGAUGUCCCCUCGAGUGGGAGGAUAAAAUUAAACAAGCUUAUGACGACCACACUCGUGGGAACGACGCAGCGGACACGGAGGAAAACCUCUUCCUGCGAAGAAUGCAAAUGGAGCUAUUCAUCCUGCAGAAUAUACCUCAUGAAAAGGCAAAGAAAAACAAGCAGUACUUUAAUUAUGCCAUAAAUAGCAUGGAAGAAAUAAAGAAAAUUCUGAACGAAGGAAUUGCUGACAAGUUCAGCUUACUACACAAAACCUAUGUCCAAUUUGUGCACCUCACUUAUAAGUAUAUGAUCCACCUUGUGCAUGUCUACUACUGCAAAAAUGAUUACGGCGUAACGUGCGACCAGUUGUUCACAGAGUAUGCAAAUAUAAACAGACUGUAUAACAAAAUGAGGAGUAAAAUGGACAUGAAAGAAAAGUACUAUAGUAAAUAUAUUAAAGAUGUUGAUUUUUACCUGAACAAUAAUCAUCUGCAUGAUACUCAUGAUGAAAUUUUCGAGAUUUUUUUUUUCCUUUUUUUUAACAAAUUUGUGUGUGCAAUUCCGUUUUUUGAUCAAAAGCCAGUUGAUAAAUGGAAGCUAGUAAUGACCAAAUUUUUACACAAUUUGUUUUGCAACAUAUCCAUUUCUUAUGAGCGAAAUUUCGAAAUUAAAAAUUGGGUGUUUUAUUCAUUCCUGCUGAAUUCAUUUUAUUACUAUUACGAAUUUUUUUCCAUCGAUUUGGAUAACAUAUAUGCACAAUUUUACAAUGUGGACAGGGACUCAAGUGAAGAUCAACAUACAAAAAAAAAUAAUAAUCACAAAGAAGCGACAGAGCGUUUGCAUGCGGGGUUUAACGCAUCCAGGGAGGGACAUUUUCAUAAUGGCUUUAAAAAAAUUUUAAAAGAAAAAAUUCACCCCCUUAUAUUUUCAGCCUACAAGUUGAUUAUCUUCGUAGAAACGAAAGAAAUUAACCAAAGUGCAAAUGCGGACUUUCUGCUUGUAGACAAAGGCGCACAUGAUGCUGCUGAUUUUUUCAACAUGUUCGACUCGUUUAUGAGUAUUUUGAAGAGCCACACUGGGGAAGGGACACACGCCAGGGAUAAUGCAAACGGAAACGACAUCGUACAAGAACCAACUUCCAGCCGCAGUUACGCAAGUGGCGCCCAAAAGGAGAGCAGCAGUUGUAGUUUAAAUAAGUGCUCUAAUCUGGUAUCCUUCUUACAAGUGCCGCUGGGGGAGGAGCCCACCCAUGUGGCAAACACCCCAAGGGGCAAGUGCCCGAAUGGUAGGGCCAACACGCAUGACAAUAACGUGGAUCGCGAAAUGAACCUCGACCAGGAAGAACAAAGUGACAUGCGCAAUUGCGGUGACCAAAUCGAGCAGAUAGAAAACUCGGAGGAGGAAUAUAAGGAGCUCCAUCUCUAUGUCAACCUGCUUAGGCAUAACGAUAAGAGCGCGUGGAACCAUUUCCUCAGUUCCCGCGAGGGAAGCGAUAAAGAACCACUAGCGAACGACUUCGAGGGGGAGCCCAAUUUUUCUCUCAAUGAUUUAAAGAGCAUUUUUCUACACAUAGUGUAUAAGAUAUUGAAGGCGUGUCUGAAAUGCUUCUGCGUGGGGUACCUGGACAAUUUGAAGGAGCAUUUGCAUUUGUACCUGAACAUGUUAAUAAAUAAUGAUAUACAAAAUAUUUUAUGUGAGAAAAUGAACGGCCACUUGGUAAAUAUUUUCUCCUUUUCCAACCUUUUUAUCCUCUACGUUGAAAGGUUAUUCAACACGGAUGUGUAUCGAAGCAUAAUUAUCUACCUAGUGAAAACUGCGCUACAGAAGGAGAUAUACAAAAUAUAUGCGCAAUUUAUUUGCCUAGUACAGGAAGUGUACUCUGCCCAGUAUGCACACUCGAAUGAAAAAAAUAAAACGCUCUUAAAUAAAAAAGUAACCGAAUUGUAUAACAUUAUUUUGUUGGACUUAUCAUGUUGUGUAUAUAUAUUGGACAAUAAUAAUAUUAUACACAAAUCCACAUAUGAUGAUCUGAUGCGGCGAUAUGAAAACUACGAAAGGUAUUAUAUCAAGUCCUGCCUUUACUUUGUUGACGCAUAUAAAGAAAAAUAUAAUGUGUACAGUGAAAAAAAUAUGAAUGAAUGCAAUGCGGGAAGUCACCCAUUUUGGGAAAAGCUAAACGAAAAAGACGCGGAAAAGAAGCAAAAAAAAAAAAAUGCAGAAAUGUACACCUUUAAAUAUUUAAUUGAUAACAUUUUGGCGGCAUUGAAUAAGCUCGAUAACCUUAAUGGAAUUAUUUUCCAAAAGCAUAUACGCCUCUUAGCUCAGAACUUGAUAUGUGACUCGUAUUUAUUAUAUUAUUUAUUUGUUCAAGGACCCACCAUUAAUAACCUUUUGGGCAAUGAGCAGGCGGACACAAAAACGAGUUCUUUGGAAAUUUUCCAUUUUAAUAAAGUCAGCUCCAUUGAUGACAAUUCGAUUGAGGACAAUUUGGCUGAGGAUAAAAUUUACGAGGAAAUUUGCAAUGAAGAUGAGUAUAAAAAACUGUUUGAAGGAAAGAAUGACAUCCUCUACAUCGUAGACGUUUAUACCAAGUGGUGUGGACCAUGUCUCUUCACCUUUGAAAUUAUAAAUAAAAUUUACAAAGCCAAUUUUGCCUUCACAGAGAGCGUAAAAAUAGUAGCUGUGUGCGCGCAAAAUAUCGCCUCGUUAAAAAACUACGAUAACAAUUCCAAGCCAUUUUACUUAAUACUGAAAAAUGGAGAAAUUAUUCGCCAAAUUCAGGGCUGCAACACGCCUCAUAUAUUUGCGCUGAUUGAUGAGCACUUGCUAAGUACCAAAUUUAACUAA